CCUCCGCCACCUCCACUGCUACCACCUCCACGCGCUUCAUCUCCACCUCCAUUUCCUCCUCUCGCCGAUUUUCCCUCUCCUGUGCUAUCGCAUUCUCCACCUCUUCCUGUUCCUUCUGCGCGAUUCCCCGUAUCGUUACUACGAGCGGGCUGACUGUCAUGCGUCGACGGUGGUUUUGAUAAGGCGCGACCGUACAUCGGGGAAACGGUUCUCGUCGAUAACUCGCGAUCGACUCGCCGACAGUUUUCGUUUCUUGCGUCGAAACUCUGUUUGUUUGUUUUUUUUUUUCUUUCGCAUCGACUUGUUCGAAUUUCAGUGAUACUUCGCUGUUGGUAACUUCGAGUUCCCUCGAGGAGGAUUCCUGCCGACAAGUUCAGCACGAGCAAUGUCGAUCGACUGGUGAACAAGUGUGAACAAUUCGUCCUUCAGACGACGCGACGUCGAUGGUCUAUCAUCCAUCAUCAUGCCGUGCGAACCUCUCGUCCAAUCGUCCGUACGUUUUUGAAUUUUCUUCGGCUCACGCCGUCACGGCGAUACCGAUCGGAGCAAUUGGAGGACUGAAACGAAAGAGUGGUGGUAUGGAAAAGGAAGAGGGGAAAUUCGAAAAGGAAGAAAGACUUGGUCGUUGAUGUAUGGUGACCGGGGCCGUGACUGUGAGACUGCGACUGCGAUUGCAUCUCGAUCGAAAAGGAAAGGAUCUCCUUCGUGUCGAUCGAUGCUUCGAUGCAGACGCGACACGCCGUUUACGGAUCGGUCGUAGGAAUAUCAGCGAUAUCAGUUAGUCGACGGAUCAACGCCGUGCGCCCGUGGGCAUUUUCGAUGUCUUGUGACCGUCGCGAAACCUGCCGCUGUACCUCAACGUUGGAAAAAGCAGCGGCAGGUCGACGUUGUUUCCCUUCGAGCUCCCUUCGGAAAGCAUGACGCGAUAUUACGCAGAAGCCAGCCGCGGAAUUACGGAGCGAAUCGAUUCGUCGACGUAGCGCCGCGUAUCUAGCGUACAGACACACCGGAGAAACGCGAGCAGAAACGCACGGAGAAAGAGAAAGAGAGGAAGAAGUUGGUUGUAGCCGGUGUAGUUGGUUUUGGCCGAUCGGCGAGAGAAGAAGAAAGUGAUCGUCGAAAACAUGGAAUUCAUUUGGACUACUCGGCACGAUCGCUCGUUGUUGCUGGAACGCGCCACUUUUCCCCUCUACUCUCGAAUCAAAUAGAAUCGACAGUCUCGCUGCCUUCUCUCUCUCUCUCUCUCUCUUUUCUCCUUUUUUUUUCUUCUUUUUCUCGCGAGUUAAAGAAGGUUAAAGACGUUGUUCGAGUGGACGCUCGGCGGAGGGAAGAAACGACAGAGAAAUGAUCGCAGCUGGUGGAAACGAUCGGGCAAUCGUCGGAUUCACGGUGAGAGACGGACGCGGAUCGUACUCGUUGUGAGAAACGUGGUGCAUCGUGAGGUAAAUCGGCGAUUCAUUCACGCGUGAAUCGUGACCGAGACAAGGGCAGGGGAGUGGAGAAAAGAAACUCCCGGUAGUCGAUGGGAAAUUAAUCGACGGAGCAUGCUCGUCCGCGAGAAAGACGCCGAGCCGACAGAUUUCAGAAGUUGCAAGAAGAAACGUCGAUUCGCUGAUCGUUGUUUCGUUAGCGGACGAAGAGCGAGAAACGAGGAGACCAGGGGAAGCAAGGAUAUUCGACGUAGGCACAUUUAGCAUAUAGUUGUAGUUCUGUUCCGAUCGCUGUCUCUCCCUACGUUGGAUGGAAUCGGGGCGCAAAGUCGCGUGAUUGAGCUGCGCCGAACGAGAGAUCGGUCGAUUCGGAGCGGCAGCGAGCCGAUUUGAAAACGCGGACAGUCGUAAGCGUAAAAGAAUAAAACAGAGAUUUCUCAAGUGCGGAAGGUAUUGCAAAGAGGAGAGAGAAAAAAAAAAAAAGAAAAGGAAAGGAAAGAAAAGAAAGGAAGUCGUCGAGGUAAAAGACGUUGACCGUGAGACGUUGGAUGGUUCGACGGGAGUCGAACGUUGGGUGGUCAAUUUGGGAGCAGACAGCGUUGAAACGAGAUCGAGAAGGAGAGCCGGGAUCAGAAUCGGAGUUAGAGGCGAAAGUAAAAGCGGGGACAGGACCAAAGUUAGAGGAAGAAACAAAGUUAGAGCCGAAGCAGCAGCAGCAGCAGCAGCAGCAGCAACGUUUCUACGAUUUUCCGCCGGUACGAAUGGACGUGAGCGUGUGCUGCUUGCCCGCCAGUGCCGGCUCGGGGGCCCAGCACCCUCAUCCGACGAGCUUGUCUUCCGGCGGACAGCCGACGAUUCAGCCAUCCUAUCAAUAUGCCGAUCAGAUAGUACCGGAUCGGGGUCAACCCGACGGAUUGCCGAUACUCGGUUGUACCGGUCAGGACAACUGGCAGCAGAUCUCCUCCGCCUCGAACGUCGUCGGUGCUGUCACCGCUGCCGCCGUCGCUGCCGCUGCCGCCGCCACCACCAACAACAACACCAUCACCACCACCACCACCACCACCUACAUCGAUUACUCCUGGUUGCAGAUGCAGACUUCGGACCUGGACACGCUGCUGUGUAGACAGGAUCUCGACCGACUGCAGAAACUCGACGAAGAUGACCCGGAGAAAGAGCCGAGGGAGCCGACGGUGCAGAUGGAGGACUUCUUCGAGGUUGGGGGGCCGGUGUGCCGGGCGCAGGCGAGUUUCGUCUCGUCGAGGAGUCAACCGGCGGCGAGCGACGACGACGUGUUCCUCAGGCCGCCGCUGUGGGAGGACAUCACCUCGAGCAUACAGAAGCUGGACCCGGAGAACGCGGACAUGCUUGGCUCGCAGUCGCACGUCAAGAUGGAGACGGACGACGUCUCGUCGCCGGUGUUGUCGCCGGUCGAGAUCAAGAGCGAGCCGUUGCCACCGCCGCCGACCUUGCACCUCCUCGAGGCUCCCGCUUCCAACACGGUCUCGAGCUACGCCAACGGCCAUCCGAGUCCUUCCACCGUUUCCCAAGUCGUUCACCAUCGGACGGCGUCCGCCGCUUUCAAGACUUUCCCUCCUGGUAACAAUAACAAUAACAACAACAACAACAGCAACAGCAGCAACGGCAGCAGCAACAACAACAACAACAGCAGUAACGUGCCCAACGCCAACAACAGCAACGUUAACGGCAACAGCGGCAGCAACAAUGCCGUUAGCAACGUUAACGGCAACAGCAACGGCAGCAACAACAACGCUGUCGUUGGAAGUGGAAAUGGCGGUGGGAACGACAGCAACAGUAACAGCAACAACAGUAAUAACAAUAAUAACACCAACAACAACAACAACAACAACAACAACGACUCGACGACGAGCCACCACGGAGGGGGGAGCCAGAUCGGUGGCAGCGCAACGUCGCCGCUUUACGGCUCGAUGACUAGGUUAAUGUACAUUUCGCCGCUGACACCGCCGAUCUCCGACCCUGGCUCACCGAUAGGGGCACCGCCGAGGCGGACGCCCCCGCCACCCUAUCCUCAGCCCUCCAUUAUGAACCCCCCUCACAGGAUUCAACCCCCUCCGAGCAUCACGACCAAAUUCAACAGGCGGAACAAUCCGGAGUUGGAGAAGAGACGCGUUCAUCACUGUGAUUUCAUAGGUUGUACAAAGGUCUACACAAAGAGUUCGCAUUUAAAGGCGCAUCAGCGGAUACACACGGGUGAAAAACCGUACCAGUGUCAGUGGCCGGAAUGCGAGUGGCGAUUCGCCAGAAGCGACGAAUUAACUCGUCACUAUCGGAAACACACCGGGGCGAAACCCUUCAAGUGUGCCGUGUGCGAACGUUCCUUCGCCAGGAGCGAUCACCUAGCUCUCCAUAUGAAACGGCAUCUUCCGAAGCAGCACGCCAAGUGACCAUACAGCACCUUCGAGACUUCGACUUCGUCUUCGUCUUCGUCUUCGUCCUCGUCCUCGUCCUCGCCUUCGUCUUUGUCGAGCAAUUCCUCGAGUCUGCACGCUCCUGACUAUGCCGAUCUCUUCGAGCCUCUUCUGCAUUGCCAGGAAGAAACUCGCAAUCUUAGCUCUCUUUUUUAAUUAAGCUCGAAUUUGAUAUUUAUAGUCUCGUUCAAUCGUUAGUUUCACAGUAUCUGAAAGCAUUGUCGUUGUUAUAUCCUGUUACAUUUCUCUCGCGAGCACAUAGAACGUGGUCGUGUAUCGUACGAAAAUUGGCGCGACCAACGACAAAACAAUCGUUUUGCUUGUGUAUUUCGAACGAAGCGUGAGACGACGAAGGGUUUCGAUAGUUUUCGAUCGCUGUUUCCUCCGAAUCGCAUUUCCCGACACACGACGAUCGUCCAUUUAAUAGCUUAUUUACGGCUCGUGAUUACGAAUACGUUACCGCGUUUCUUCAUUCGAUACGAUGAAAGGCACGUACAUACGCAGUUGCAUUGGCGGUGGCUGGACCAUUGCUACUCUUCUCUGUUCCGUUUUCCCUGCUACCCCGCUAUAGUCGGUUUUUUAAAUAAAUCUAAGCGAUAAAUAUAAAUAUCACACUUGCAAUUAGCGUCGAGCCUUUGGAUUUUUCUUCGAGUUUCGUCACGUUGCGAAAUUUCGUUCGUUAGGUUACGUCGCAGUGUUACGCGGCAAACCUAACACAGACAUACGGAAUUUCACCAACAUGUUUUCGCACCUGUGUAUUAUUUAUCGAUGUUAGCGCGAAUAUUUCUGUUUCAAAUUCGUUUGGGACGCGAUCAGUGUUCAUCGGUGCGAGCGACUCGUUUUAAUUCGAUUUGCGUUUUUACCUGUUGAAAGUUUUCGACAGCCCCCCGGUCGGAUUGUUCUUGCGCCAUCGCUUCUGAUUUGCGUUCUAAAAUACAUGUACAUACAUACAUAGAUUGUUCUCUUUGGAAAUAAUUUCUCUGGCGUGCGAGAUGUACUCCUCCCUCGAAAUCUGGUGUUUACGUGAAUUGUGAAUUGUCGAGUCGAGUUAAACAACUGUAGGUCAACUGUGACUCGUUGGCGAGCGAAUAUGAAAAUUUUCGAUUUCCGUUUAUUUCGUCGAGCAAAUCGAGAGCAAACGUCCAAACGCGAAACAAUCGGACGCGAGAAAGGUUCGAUCCUUUGCGGAAAACGGCUGUUGCUACCAGUGUAGUGACAUCUAGUUUGCGCCAGAUUAACCACAGUAGUAAGGGAACCGAUUGUUGGAGGUCGCGAGCAUCGAUAACAAUACGAUUGGAAAAUUCUCCGUUCCGGAAAGAGAGAAGCCUUAAUUUAUUUGUCCGUGUACAUAACAAGGAUAUGUUUAUCGAAACCGGUCUAGUUGGAAAAUGGUUCGUUCGCUGGUGAUCUUUCUACCGCGACUAUCCGUCGCUCUUGCAUUCCUCUGCAUCAAAUCCGCAGCGAGGAGUUAGUCCAGGUUCUUUCGAACGGUCGUUGAAUUCAUAAUCACGCUAAUCGACGCGACCUACGCGAAAAGAAUCGAUCCUUAUUAUAGUGAUGCCUUAUGUACAAAUUCGUUUAGGUACGUUUCGGCUACGCACAUGUAUAUACAUAUAAAUAUAAAUAUAUAUACGUAUAAUCGGCGAGGAACUGUCCACGUGGUGUUAAUUGCGGUUGAAAGAUCUAUGCACUUUUAUGUGUGUACACGUGUAAAAAAACAAAAAAAAAAAACAAGAAACAAAAAAAAACAAAAAAAAGAAA